CUACGCACUUCAAAUAAAGCAGCGAAAUUUCCAGAGGAAUCCUGCUCUCAACAUCCACACUCCUACUUCUCUGUGCGUCUUCUACCCCCGGCACUGUAUGUCUCCUACUUGCUUCUACCCCACACCAUUGUCACCAUCAUCCUCAUCCUACCUUUCCAUCUGUUCAUCCAUCUCCUGCUAUCUUACCUUUUCAGAACUUCUGUGUUGCCCUUUUUGACAUCUGUCCACUCCCCUACAAAGUACCCCACUAUCUUGCUGAAGUCUUCUGAAUAGUUGUCCCAAUCCUAACCCCCUUCCACCCCAUCACUGUCUUCUAAAACUUUUAUCUAUUCCUCAGGCUUCAGCUCAUUUUUUCCACCAUGUCAUGUUCGGUGCCUACCAACUUCCUCCAUCAUCUGCAUUUGUCACCAUCUUCUAUCUAUUUCCAUCACGUCUCACAUCCCCGAUAUACUGCGUUUUCCACACUCAUGCUCUUCCUGGACUACCCGCUUCCUCCACCACCCAGUUUUUCAUCUCAGAUAUGUAUAUACAUAUCCAAAAACAAUCACACCCAUCUGGAGAUGCCACGCCGGACUCGGAUGAAGGGCAGAUACACAGACCUUAUCAUGAUCAAGUUCUAAGGUCACCUGAGCUCAUUAUGUGGGAUAUUUUCAAAUCAUGCCUGCCAGGAGGAACACUGCUAUAGGACAUCAGUGGCAGCAAACCUUUGGAGGAACAGAAAGAAGAUACCUGCAUGCCAAGUUUCCGGACUAGAAGAGAAGCCUCCACCUCCGGGGUGACAAUGACGGGAAGGUUCCUUUUGCUGAAACAGGGGAACGAACCUCUCAACCCAGCCCUGAGGAAAAGACCCGAUCAUCAAGCUGGUCUCUUCCAAGGCCUUGGCAGCACCCAUCACCCUCAACUGAGCUGAGAACUUUAUAUUACUACUCCUUGCGCUUGCCCCUGCUUUACCCAUACCGGCCGUCUUCCGCAGUAAAACACGGUUGCGUGCAUUCAACGGGCGAAAGUUAACGCUAAUUUGUUUUUUAAGCUAGUAAUUGCUCCGCUGAUUCAAACAUUAGGUAAUGUUUUCAGAACUUAAAAAGGGAUGCUCAUGUUAUAGUAGGGAUGUAGACACUGGGGGGGGGGGGGGGGGGGAAAUAAGUGAGUAACCGAUUUUUUUUCUUUUUUAGGGUAAUACAUUAAGCUGUCCAUAGACAGUGGAAAAUUUUGCGGUCCGUGGGCAGCUUUUUGUUUAUCUUGGGUGUUGGGGGGGGUUUAUCUUGGGUGUUGGGACAAAUAUUCAGUUGUAAGGCUUUGUUCACAUAUGGGCUGUAAUGGCAUCCAACACACUCCGUUGACUAUAAUGGGGUCUGUUGGGUUUCCAUCAUGGUGCCCAGAACAUUCUACGGGGCAAAAUAGUGCAUACUUACUAACGUUUCAAAAGUCAGGACAUUUAAGCCCUGCCCCCAAGGAACAUAUUUAGGCGGGUAUGUCUCGAAGUCUCUCCCAUUGUGGGCCAUUUCUCAGGGUUGUCCUGGCAAAAUAGCGACGGUUAGUAAGUAUGCUGGCCUCACAUAGGUUGACAUUUUUAAUGGAAACUUUGACGAAGAUGUGAUCAGAGCCUAAAUGGGCAAAAUGUAAAGGAACGCCUUAAGUCCGUGUCGGUAAAUUUUAUUAAAAAGUACAAACUAAGUGGUCUUCACAUAUCCAAAGUGUCUGUGGGCCGUGUUUCUUGUGGUAACCAGGGUCUGAUUGAGCUCUAGUUGCUGUGGGCAUCAAUGACUAUUUGCCUGAUGUCCACUGUGGCCUUUCUCCAAACUUUAUUGAAAUCGUCCGACAGAACUUCUUCUAUAAAUUAGCAAAAUGGUGGAAUUUCAUGGGAACUGUGUGAUUAUUAUAUUUUCUCUCUGGGGCCAAGUAGUAAAUUUUUAUUUUUUAUUUUUUUACAGUAAAGUGGGAAAAUUCUCUGUUUGUCGUCUUCAUUUAACUUUUCUAGAGAGCAGCCAUUCAUUUUGUGUUGACAUUUUAGUGGCCAAAAUUGUUGAAACUGUUAAAAUGUUUUGCUUUUGUCUCGUUUCUGGCAGGAAACAGUCUUUGAAGCUACAACUUGGGUAUCUUACUGACACUGGUCCUUGUGGCUUUCUGUUGUAGUCACUGACAGCUGGAAGCCGCAAGUCUGCCCGUGUCGUACAAUAUAUUUUUAUACAAUUGUGGUUUUUAUCUUUUGUCCUUUCUUGUACCACAGACCUCCACGCACAUAGGAGGCAAUCUGUCAAAACUGGUGUAAAGAAAAGAAAUUGGCUUAGCAACCAAUCAGGUUCCAUCUUUUUGUUUUAUUUAAUUUUUUGUAAGAACUUUUUUGGAAAAUGAAAGUUGGAAUCUGGUUGCUAUGGGCAACUAAGCUAGUUUUUCCUUUACACCGGGUUUAAUAAAUCUCCCCUGUAAACUAUUGCUUACGACUUUUCUUCUCACCUGCACUCACUGCGCUGACUUCCUUUCCUCCGCUAACCACCUUCGUAUUGUUUGCAGGGUCCGUCGUGCACUCCGCUUUGAUGUCAAAACUGGUCCUACGAUGACGCGACUUUCUUGUUGAUCGAGGAAAUCAUGCUCUCUCCGCUGCCCUUGCACCUCGACCUGUGAAACCCCACGGAUUGAAUCGCAGUCUGGAUGUAUCGCUCACAGGACCAGUUUGGAUCCCGCUUUCCCCGUGACCCCUUCAUCAGUGGAAUAAACUCCACAUGGAACCCUGCUCACCCCCGGGCAUGGCUCCCUUCGGGCAGAUGCUCUACCAACCUUAACCAACCUCAGCUGCCCCCACACUUAUCGUCUAGUCAUGUGACAAACAUUGGCCACCCCAGCAAACCCUAUUACCCUCUCGGCUCUCCUCCUGGCCAUCGCUUCGGGAAGUUGGAACGGGUGCACUCUUGCGUCCAGCUCCUCCUGCGCGAUGAGAAGCAGCCGCAGAUCUGGGAGCAGCUGGGUCAGAUCUAUGAGUCCGAGCAGGAACUGGAGGAUGCUGUGCGCUGCUACCAGGCCGCCGCGCGCUUCCAUGGUGGCUACGAGCUGAACGCUCACAUCUCUCGGCUGCAGCAGACUCACCUAUGGAACCACCAUCGGCCCAAAUCCCUGCCUCGCUUGCAGCAAGUGUGGGACCUGAUGCACCAUGAGCAAAAGAGGCAUUUUGGAGUCAAAAGAGGACCCCCGCCAUUGAAGCGCCCCGUUCCCAGUGCUGAUCCACCGGCACUCCAGUCACCCCCUCAUAAUCAGCUUGGAGGAGAUGAGCAGCCCAUGAAACGACGACGGAGUGGAAGCCCUGACCAGCAAAGAAGGGGUAACCUCAGUCUGCACUCUCCGCCAGGGGGUCCCGGCAAUGUUUACCACCAAGCACCCACAAAACCGAAUGUCUGGAACCCACUUAACCACGAGCCCUGGGGGGAGCGUCGUGAGAGGCAGGAUCCCCGCAUUCCACCCCAUGUUCCCACUUAUUCUUCAUACUGUCCCCCACGUCCACCACCACCACUACACCAGCCGCCCCGUCCUCCAAGUGACCUUAGUGAGGCUCGGUGUCAGAGGUCACCUGCGGAGGUCAUUCCAGCACCACCUCCUCUCCACGUGCCUUAUGACCAGAGAAGAUCCCGCAUCCCAACACAGAAGACCUCUAGGACUGAAUUGCCCUCUCCAUCCCCAGUGGAUACCACGUCCAGUGUCUGCCCACCAUCAGAAGAGCCAGACCCACCGAAAACUAUAUGCCCGCCACUCCAACCGCAGCCAUCUUCCACCCCUUUGCUCCAGCAAAACUGGGUGCCAGCCCCAGUCAAGGAGGAGUCGAAGAGUGAAGAUGAACUGGAAGAGAUUCUUUAUGGGGAUAGUCCUGGUACCGUCAAAGAAGAGGGGUACUAUUCACCUUGUGAUACCGCAGCAGGGGGCAGCGUCUUUGAUCAUCAAACUCAGGUCAUCACCACCAGCAAAGUCAGGCCGAGGUCUGAGGCCUUCCAGGAUGCCAACCUGGAUCAUGUUCUCAAGAGCCUGCAAAAAAUGGAUAAAUCUGGGUUAUUUGCCCCAAAGAAUGAGGAGGUAAUAGAACAAGAGAUUAAGAAAAGCCCUCAGUCUCCAGAGCUGGACAUCAAAGGCAAACACUUAAGCCAUGGACUUUCGAUGUCCGAGGGUAGCUAUUCAGGUGGAAAGAGGUCACCAGCUCAAGAGGACAAUGCCUCGUUCUGUUCCUCUAAUACAACCUACCACAAAGAUACCUCAGGAAACCUUCAGGUGCUGGGUUUAGCUGCUCCACCUACAACACCCACUUCAGUCUUGACUCAGAAGUCUUUAAGUCCAAAUCCAGCCGUGCCAGAGAGCAAAGAACAGGAACAAGUGAAAGAACAACCCUCCGGAUGCAAUCAGCUCUUUGACUUUCCUGCUGGACAGCUGGCCGAACCCUUUGAGGAAGCCACAGAGUUCUCAAAGAUUUUACCAGAGGGGCUGGAGGACAUUAUGAAGAUGCUGGAUGAGUCAAUAGAAAAGGAGGAAAGGCGUGGCAGCUCUAGUGAUGAGGACUUUAAUUCCUCUGCCUCUCCCGCCUGCCCACCAGCAGAGACCAGAGCAACACCCCACCUCAGUGGUCCAGCUCACCCUGUUUCUGGUACCAAGCCACCAGAACCCAAAUCUGGGGAGAUACUUACUUACUAUGGACCUAAAAAAGCAAUACUGGGGCAAGAAGCUGUUAGUGACGUUAAACCUGCUCAACAUGGGGGCAAUAGCGUCCUCAAAUCCCUGGCAAGUGUUCUAGAGGGGCAGAAGUAUUCCUACCGUGGAGGACACAGCCUCAAAACUGGAGGGGGUUCGUCCUAUUUUACUGGUGCUACUAUAGUGAGCAAGCGUAAUGUUGAUCCAUACACUGCCCAAUCUACCUCACAUCGGGCCUGGGACUCUAAGAUUGGAGCCGCGUCUACCUCACAUGUAACAGGACGUGAAGGGGUGGCAGCAACAAGGCCUGGUGUCCGCACUGAGACAGACAUUUUGGAGGAUAUAGCACGUGCUUGUGAAACUUUGGUGGAAGGCACAAUGGGGUCUGGGAGCAGUCGAUCCAGGGAGAAGGAUGAGAAGGAGAAAGGAGCACAAAGACCCGAUAUAGCAAUUGAAAUAAAACUUGACCACAUUUGGGGUGCUGACAACCAGGACUCCACUACUAAAGUUAAACCUGAAAUUGUCUUUGAUGCCAUGAAGGCAGACUAUGUGACUGGGAGAAAGCUUGAAACCUCUGGUGUAAAGGAGGAAUCUAAAAACAUGGCCGAGAAGAAUCCAGAACCUCAAUGGAAUGUCGAGAUGACUGAAGUAAAAGAGGAACGUAAGCAAGAAACAAUAAAACCAGCACCAAGACCCAGCAAGGCACUUGACGGAGAACUAAGAAAGAUUUUUAAGAUAAAGUCUCCUGCUGAGAAAACUGAUGUUACUCCAACUGCAUCAGCCGGAGAAUGUAUCUCGAAAGUGCAGACACCCGUCAAGGAGAUUGAAAAGACUGAACGGGAAUUGCCCAAACAAUGUAUAGAGACCCAGAACACCUAUGAAAGUACCUCUUCUGAAAUGCCAAUGGUGGAAAGUGAUGGCCGACUUUUACUGAGCGAUUCACCCACGACUGUAGCAGAAUCACAAGGAGAGGGCGUAAAAGCUGUGGAAGCCGAGAGGCCUCAGGAGAGGAUAACCCUGUCUCUUCCUGCCCCAACCCGAAGCAAGGACGAGAGAAGAAAGAAAGACAGGAGGCAUCGAAAGCCUAAGAGGGACAGAAGCAGGCGAUCGAAAGAAAGGCGCUCACAGAAGGACAAAGAAAGGCAAAUCUUGGGAAACUUGGACCUUCAGAGCCAGUGUAGAGAUGCUCCUAAAUCUUCAAAACAAGGAUCUGGAGGAGAUCGAAGAAAGGCAGAAGGCGGGAGAAGAUGUGCGGAGGAUGGCCAUCACAACCAGUCCUCCUCACACUCUGCUCCUGCCUCUGCUCCAACUCCUACUUCCCAUGGUACACCAAGUUCUGAUCUGCUGAAGAUGAGACCCUUCACCGAGGGACCACCAAAGGAGCUGAAAAUAAGAUUGAUCAAGGUGGAGAGUGGCGACCGUGAGACUUUCAUUGCAUCAGAAGUGGAGGAGAAGAGGUUGAUGGCCAGUGAACUGACCAUUAACCAUACAGCUGCUGAAAUCAUCAAGGCUACCAAGAAUAUGGUGCUGAAGGGGAAAUAUAAAGAGUCUUACGUCCUUCCUUCUAUGUCUGUGAAGCCUCCCGUGGGAACGGAGAGGAACCUUCCCCGAGAGAAGCUGAACCCUCCAACACCCAGCAUUUAUCUGGAGAGUAAGAGAGACGCCUUCUCCCCGGUUCUGCUCCAGUUCUGCACUGACCCUAAGAACCCGAUCACAGUGAUUCGCGGGCUGGCUGGAUCCCUGAGACUGAAUCUCGGCCUCUUCUCUACGAAGACCCUGGUGGAGGCAAACUCAGAACACACAGUAGAGGUCCGUACUCAGGUGCAGCAGCCGUCCGACGAAAACUGGGACCCUUCUGGGACUCGCCAAGUCUGGCACUGUGAGAGUAGCCGCUCCCAUACAACCAUCGCCAAAUAUGCCCAGUACCAGGCCUCCUCCUUCCAAGAGUCUUUGCAGGAAGACAAAGACAGUGACGACGAGCCCAACGAGCCCAACGAACCCGACAGCACCACAGAAAACCCACCCCCCAGCACAAACACUGAGCACAAGACUCCUCAUAUUAUUAAAUUUGGAACCAACAUCGACCUCUCUGAUCCUAAAAGGUGGAAGCCUCAGUUGCAGGAGCUGCUAAAGCUUCCAUCCUUCAUGCGUGUGACAUCUAAUGCCAACAUGUUAAGCCACGUGGGUCAUACAAUCCUUGGGAUGAACACUGUGCAGCUCUACAUGAAGGUCCCGGGAAGUCGUACACCAGGACAUCAGGAAAAUAAUAACUUCUGCUCGGUGAAUAUAAAUAUUGGGCCCGGAGACUGUGAGUGGUUCGCAGUACAUGAAAACUACUGGGAGAAGAUCAGUGCCUUCUGUGACAGGCAUAACCUGGAUUACCUGACGGGCUCCUGGUGGCCAGUUCUGGAGGAUCUUUACCGAGCUGAUAUCCCAGUGUAUCGCUUUGUGCAGCGGCCUGGCGAUUUGGUCUGGAUUAACGCCGGGACCGUUCACUGGGUGCAGGCCACAGGAUGGUGUAACAACAUUGCCUGGAACGUCGGGCCUCUGACACCUUACCAGUAUCAGCUGGCUCUGGAACGUUUCGAGUGGAAUGAGGUCAAGAACGUGAAAUCCAUUGUGCCCAUGAUCCACGUGUCCUGGAAUGUGGCCAGAACGGUGAAAAUCACAGAUCAGGACCUGUACCGCAUGAUAAAAUACUGUCUCUUACAAUCCGUAAAGCGAUGUCAGAUCCAGCGAGACAGACUCAUCCGCAGCGGGAAGAAGAUCGCCUAUCAAGCUAGAGUUAAAGAUGAACCAGCCUACUACUGCAAUGAGUGUGACGUGGAGGUUUUUAACAUCUUGUUUGUCACCAGUGAGAGCGGGGGUAAGAACUCUUACCUGGUGCAUUGCGAGUCUUGUGCUCGAUCAUCUAGUAUCUCCUCAAGCAACGUGGUCAUCCUGGAGCAGUACAGAGUGGAGGAACUUAUGCAGAUGUACGACGCCUUUCACCUGGCCCCACCUCCAAGCACACGGUGAGCCUUUGCUCCUCCUUCUUCUGCUCCUGCAACAGUCUCCUCCCCCCUCCUCUGCCGAGCCAGCCAAUCAAAACUCUUCCCUCUUCCCAGGACCAGGGAAAAGAGGGGCGGUGCUACUUAACCAGCCAAUUGCAACUGAGAGAAAAAGAGAGAGAGAGAGAGCCACGAAACGAGAGAGGGAGGGUAGGAGGGAGACGAGCCAGUUAUGCAUCGGCAGCUCAUAUUUCACUCUCUCCAGCCAAUCACAGGCCUUGUUUACACAGAUCCCGUUCUCCUUUCGUGGGAACAGCCAAUCAGGAUGCAGGAUUCUACAUGUCUUUGUUGAUAAUUUUAAUUUUUAUUUCCUCGUUCUGUUUGUUUUUUGUAAUUUUAUCAGGAAUAUUUAUUCUGAAAUCUUGAAUUUGUGACUCUGAGGGCAGGGGGGAUUGGUAUUAAUUUGGGGGAUUUUUUUUCUUUGCAGGUGGGGCACUGAGUGUAUUUUAUUUUUUAAAUUAAGUUCAGAGUGGUUCUCUGCUAUUGAAAAUAGUGUGCGUGGGUGCCCUCUGUGUGACAGAGGGGCGCUGACCAGGCUAAUGCUGUAUUAUUGAAUGGGUAUGUUGGAAAGUAUCUUUGGGGGGUGGGGGUGGGGGAGGGAGGGUAAGCCUCAUGCAAGUGAUCGUGAUUCUUGAACGUAAAGUCGUCAUUAAAAGCUGUGGUAAAUGCUCAGACCGGGUGUCCAAAGAAGGAGGCACCUUCUGUAAGGACGGGGAGCAUCACUUACGAGUCCAUGGUGGGGGGUGGGGGGGGAAAGGGGAGAGUAUUGGAGGUGGGUUCGAUGGGAACAAAGCGUAACACUGCUGGGUGGAGACAUGGUACAGUUGACUUAUUAAAGCCCCACUGGGAUGGAUGAGAAAAGAAUCCGGGUGGUGGAACACCAACUGUGCUGAGGUCUAAGAGGAGCCCUCCUUAAAUGGGUUAAGAAAAAAUAAAUAAAAGAUGGCACCCUUACCACUUCAAAUGAAUUAACCUCUCUCCGGGUUGUAUUUGACGAGAAAGAGAUACGGGUUUUUAUAAAUAUAUAUAGAGAUGAAAUAUCUAUUCAGCGCGGGCUCCUCCCCUUUUAACCAUUUCCUUGGAUUUUUCACCCGUUUCCUGUUCUCUGUAAUAUAGAAAUUUAUAAAUAAAUAUAUAUAGAGAGAGAUUUGGUUUAACUUACCUAUGGAAUGUUUCCCGUCUGCUCGUUACUUCCCUUUUUUUGCUUGUAGCAUCUGUUUUAUUUUGUUAAAUUCCUGUCUUUCUUGAAUAUUUUAUUAUAUUUUUUGUUAUUGGUUGUAUUUGGUGCUUUGGUUGUAUUCUUUUUUUCCUUCCAUGUAAAUCUUUAUACCUCUCGUUUCACAAAACCACAGGCCAGUCCUCUUUCCGAGUCUUUAAGGUCCACACCCCCCACAUUAGGUCCUGCCUAACCACAGGCUCCACCCCUACACCAGUCCCCACCCUGAAUGCGUGUCCUAUACGUCAGAGAUUUUGGCGGGAGUGUUCCUUCAUGCACCUUCACAACCUAAAAUCAAUGUGGUUAUGGACCACCGACAGCACAAGGUGGCCAUUUUAACCAAAUAGCGUUUUGUGAGGCCCGCUCAAAAAAACUUGUGUUCCCUCACAGGACUUGAGGCUUCUGUCGAUAUUCGGUGCCACACUGGUGUCUGUUUCUGUUGCUUUUGGCGCUAGUAGGUGCUAUGAAUAAAUUUAUUGAAGGGUCCAGUGUUUUAUCUGUCUAGUUAAAAAAAAUAAGGAUUGGUAGGUUAGAAGAAAACCCUACAGGUGACUGUGUAGCCACCAAGCGUGAGGCCAUUUCUAAUAAGUCAGCGAAUGACUCUUUUUUGCAAUUUUCUUUCAUAAUAAAAAGAUCUGAUUUUCUGUGAGUAGUCCAAAUAAUUCUAACCAACAAAACUGUCGAACAGCUGUCCAUAAAUACGAACCGGGCUAAAUUAUCCCUUUUUUUUGACCACAGAUAUUCAAAGGGAAUAAGGCCUACAAAUCUUGGGAGGGGGGUUCCAUGUCAAGUAGGAUCUUGGUUGGUGUAUCCGGUGUAUAAGUGCAGAUUUAAAGAAGCCCAAUGUAUUGUUUGUUCUGCGUUUCAUGACAAUGCUAAGCAGAGGUUUCUUGAAUCAUCUGCCGAUUCUUAAGUUCCCUCAGUACCUGCAGAAAAACUUUUCUAGGAGUUUAAUGUGAAUGACUGACUGUUUUCAGUCUAUACUUAUCCUUCAUUUAUGGUCCAGCUUUUACCCAAUGAGGCAAAAAAAACCUGUUCUAUAAAUGGUCAUUUCGACCAGAUUUGACUCCUCAGUCUGGAGGCCGGGGUUGUUUACUGAUAGGACUAUUAUUAUCUCUUAUCAUGGUUGAUAUUGGGUCACCUAUAUAGAAGUACCAUGAAUGGAAACUUUUUGAGAGAGUGAGAGCUGUGUUGAAGUGCGGAAGACUUCUUGUGUCAUACUUUGAUCCCAACUAUAUAGUCAAACAUCUAGAUAACUUAAACGGUAAAGAUAACUGUUACUUGGCUGAAUUCUGUGUAUAAACAUAAUAUCUUGCUUAUCCAACAAGUUGAUUAUUGGACAUGCAGAACAUUAUUCCAUGAUGGAGAUGGUCUUCCCAUGGAAGAUUACCACCAUAGUUACCCCCCCCCUAUAGUUGGUCAGAAUAGAACUGAAGUAUGUCUCACAUCCCUGUCGAAACAGACAAUUUCCAUUCAGUUGAACACAGAAGACAUUGGAUCCUUCUUAUAACAAUGUAUUGACUGCCAAAAGUGGCUCUUCAGACAUUAGUCUCCAACCGAAUCACAGAUAUGUAACCUGAUAUGAGGUCACUUUCAAGAUAUGGCCACCAAGGGAGAUUUCAGUAUGGGAAACCCAGUACGUUCAACUCCCAUUUGGACAAUGAGCAAAUAUCCAUUGUGAGAAACCCAUAUUGUUACAAACACACUUAAGGUUGUAGAGGACACACUUGAGGCACAAGUGGUGCAUGCAACGAACAUCCACUGUAACACCACCUGUCCUACCACCACCUUUCUAAAUGGUGUAGAGGACAACUUUGAUAGGAAAUUUAUGUGUGUGAUCAUAUAAGUCCUCUACUGCACCACCACCUACCGAAAGAGGGUUGAACACCCCUGAUAGGCAUGUCCUGUGUGUGGAACAUAAGCUACAUAUGGGGUGCGAGUCAUGUAUUUGGACCACUCAUCCAUGGGGUACAUAUCUCCACCUCUGAAACCUGUCCUACCAACACCUUUUAAUAGUGCAGACGACACCACUGAUGGGGUGGGUGAGUCAUGUAUUUGGACCAUAUAAGUCCAUCAUUACAUCUCUUGCCCUACUGUAAACUAGACCACGUGAAAGCGUCACUGCACCUCUCCUACAACAGUCUUUCUAAAGGUGUGAUGCCUGUCGAGGGGGAGGUUUGGUCAGCGACCAUGGUUUUUUUCCCUCUCUCCUUCCGCUUUAUUUAUUAACCCUCGCAGCUCAUUCCUCACCUCCUUUAUGUUGGAUAAGCUUCUGCCGAUUUCUUUGGUGCUUUUUAUUAUCUGUUCUACAAAUGGUGCUAUGGAUUACUGUACAUUUUAUUUUACUCUGUGGCGGGAUAACUGAUUACUAAGGGUUUGGCUCUGGAUUUUCUUUUUUUUAUAUUUUGAACCCCCUAUCUGAUGGGGGGAGGUGCUGGCGGGAGAGGGUCUGAAACAGUGAGGUUCUGCAUUUCAGCGGUGGGAUUGGGGCGAUCACAGAGGUCGCGUCCGGGUAAAAAAAUAAA